AUGGUAGGUCUUUUUUUGUCAUGUGAGAAAAAAUAAGUGCCAGAACCACCAAAGAAGGACAGAGGAGAAUCGAAACAUGGGAAUAAGGAUAAUGAAGAUGCUGAGCUCAUCUUAGUAAGAGUGAAACAUGUAAAUGAAGAUGCAAAAAUUCUCUUUAUCGGAGUGAUUUCAAAUUCAAAACCAGUCAUUUUGGACAUUUUAAGAGUAACCCUGGAAUGAUCUUCCAGGAGAAAGAAAGGCUACUUGAGUCAAGAUCCCGCUUGUUCAUUGCAGCGUGCAAACCAUGUAAUCCAUGUGGCACUCACAGUGGCACCUCAAUCUGAAUGGAGAGUUAAUAGUCCUAUGAUUUUUGAGCUUUUGUUUCAUCCGGAUUAUAAAACGAGCUCACCACAAAUCACGCCUCACAAUCCCUCAGAUUUGCUCUCUCUAUCUUUGUGUCUACUUGGAGUUCUACUUUUGUAGGAGGCAAGGGUGGAAGUCCUCACAAUUCAAAGCAAUUAUACCGUUUCCAGUAUAAACAGUGGAAAUCCCAAAAGACCUAAAUUCAGUGAUGGAAUCCCAGGGACAUUCCUCACUGUGGCCCUUUCAGAUUUUUCUUCUACAGUGAGCAUGAGCACAACCUCAAAAGGUGUCCCAUCUUCAUUAAACCAUGUUCAGAAUGGAGCAUUAUUUUCUUGGGCUUAUGCAACUGACAGGACACAUUUCAAUCUUAUGGAUCUAGACCAAAAUAGCUUGGAAAUCCUGGAAAAACCAGACUUUUCGAGUCUGGCAAGUCAAAACCAGCUGGAUCCCAAGAAAGAAAAUCUGAUCAUGUUACUUCGUGACUUUUACUAUGGGCAACAUGAAGGAGACAGUCAGCCAAAACAGAAGACUCAUACAACCUUUAAAUGCCUCAGCUGCUUGAAAGUUCUGAAGAAUGUCAAGUUUCUGAGCCAUGUGAGGAGCCAUUUGGUACUUGAGAAGCAGAGGGGUGACAGCUGGGAAAACCACACCACCUGCCAGCACUGCCAUCGACAGUUUCCCACUCCCUUCCAGCUUCAAUGUCACAUUGAAAGUGUACACACUACCCAGGAGCCCUCCGCUGUCUUUAAAAUUUGCGAAUUGUCAUUCAAAACAGACCAGGUUCUCUUACAGCACAUGAAGGACAAUCAUAAGCCUGGUGAAAUGCCCUAUGUGUGCCAGGUUUGCAAUUACAGAUCGUCAGCCUUUGCUGAUGUGGAAAUGCAUUUCAGAACAUGCCAUGAAAACACUAAGAAUUUGCUCUGUCCAUCCUGUUUCAAUAUUUUCAGAGCUGUCAUAUUCUAUGUGAAUCAUUGUUGGAGGCACUGGAACAAGAGUCUUUUAGGUUCCAAAUGCCAGCUACAGUUUUUGACUUCAAAGGAGAAAACAGAGCAUCAAACUAAGAAGCAUCAAACUUUUGAAAAGCCAGAGCAAUUGGAAGGGUUUCCUCUUGAAACAGAGGUUGUGAUUCAAACUUCAGUUCAACCAGGAUCAAGAAGUGCAGCAUCCAUUAUUCUCAGCAACGUCCACCUGUACUUCUCACUAGUAAUAUCUAAAAAGAGGAUUGCCAUGAGCUCUAGUUAUUCCAGAUCGAUCGCCUCCAGGGGCGCCAGAGCGCGCGCAGGCGCCGCCCGGCCUCUCCGCCAAUCAGAUCGCGGCGCCCUGAGCCGCGCCGGCCUCGGCCCGCACCUGGCAGCCAAUCACAGGUCGCAGCGGGCGCGCGUGCGGAGGCGGCGGCGUCAGCGGUGCCUGGGGCCUGAGGAGGCGUCGUCCCCUCAGGCUUCGCCUGGGGAGCGCGUCGGGGCGGUGCGCCGCCGGCAGCUCCGGGACCGCUUCGGGGACGCGGCGGACCCGGGCUGGUAA